CUAUAGUUAACCACCCAUUACCAGUAAUGGAUAUGAAGAAGAUUUACCAAGAUUAUAAAUAUGGUGAAGUUACUAAGAAAAAAGUUAAAAACUCUAACUCUUUUAGUCUUUUGUCUUUAGUAUUUGACAUCUUCAAUCGCUAACUGUUUGUCACCGUCUAUAACUAACCAUGAAAGUUUUCCAAACAAUUGCCAUUGCUAUUAUGGCAUUCAUGGCAUGCGUUAGUGCUGCCCCUGCUAAGAAUUAUGAUAGUUCAAAUGAACUUCGUUUAACUAAACGGGAUGUUCAAGUCAUUAAUCAUGCUAUUUCUGGUUUACAAGAAUAUAGUAAAAUGAAAUCAGUUAAAUCAUUUGAUGUUACUAAAAGAGAUAAUAUUGUUACAGAUGUUUUAACUGCUAUAGCUGAUACUGAUUUAGCUCCAUCUAUUAUUGAAUACUUUAUUGAUGAUCCAACUUUAGCAAAUAUUUCUACUACAGUUAUUGUUGAUGUUGUAAAGAGUGGCUUAAUUAAUAUUGAUGCUUUAUUUACUGCUUUAAAUAAUUCUGGUUUGGCUGUUCAAGUCAUUCAAGAUUUAAUUAAUGAUUGUCAAUUUUAUGCAGAAAUUUAUAAUUUAGCUCUUCAAUUUGUUGGAAAUUUGGUUGGACAAAUUACUAAUAUUCUUGGUGGUAAGUCUAAGAGAGAUCUUUAUAUUCCAAUUACUGUCAUUAAGAGAGAAAAGAGAGAUCUUACUUCUUCUGAAACAUCUCUUUUAACUUCUUUAAUGACUUCAUUAAAGGACUCUGGUUUAGCUGAUCAAGUUGUUGAAGCGUUAGUCACUGAUCAAAAUUUUUACACAUGGGGUGCUAAUUUAAUUGAACAAUUGUUUAGUUCAGGUGCUAUAACCUUACCAGAAAUUGUGGAAGCCAUUGCCCAAUCAGGGUUAAUUCCUUCCUUAUUCCAAAACUUUUUCAAUGUUGCCACUUUAAAGACUGUUAUUGUUAAUGCUUUAGCUGCUGCUUUAGGUAAAUGUGGAACUCCAUCAGUUACUGGAACUGCCACUGCAACUGGUACUGGAGGAACAUCUACUCAAAGUGCUGGUGUUUCAUGUAAGAGAAAGAGAAAGAGAUCGUACUAGGAUAUUUGAACCUAUGAAAUUAAUAUUAAAAAAUGAUUAAAAAAAUGAAAAAAAAUAGAGAGUCAAAGUUAUUAUAGAAACUCUUUUACUACCCAUUAAAGUUUCUUAUUUGCUUUUCUUAAAUCCCUUUAAAAUCAAUGAGAUUUUCUUCUUUGUUAAUUAUGGUUCUUCUUUCGAUGUCCAAUACUUGCUGAAACAAAUAUUCAUUCUCCUUCCUUUUUUCUCUAUAAUAUACCUGUAUAAUAAUUGUUUUAGUCUGGACAAAACAAACAAUUAGUUAGAGGUUGUAGAGUCACAGUUUAUCCCACGUUAAU